AUGCAAGAAGAAGCUAUUUCCUCCGCGGCGACGGGUGUUGGCCAUGUGAUGGUAACUUUUUUUACUGACAGCUAUGCGAAAGCAAUGCCGGAAGAGUCCUAUGCUGUGCCAUUGAAUGUGCUUCCAGAAGGGCUGAACGUGCUUGUUCAGAGCGUUCUUUCGGUUAAUGAUCAAGUGUUUGACUUCUUGUAUAAUGGUGAAUAUAUCACAACUACGCUGCAGAAGUUUCUGAGCCGGCGAGGUGUCAGUACGGAGGAACUCGUUAACGUCGAAUACACGCCCGCGUUGCAGGCAAAGGAAAGCUCGCAUCUGCCACACGAUGACUGGGUUAGCAGCGUACGUGUGCCAUUCGUGGGGCAUUCCGAACUAUUGUUAACUGGGUCGUAUGAUCGGUGCAUCCGGCUUUGGGAUGCCGACGACUGUGUGGCGAUUGGAGCGCAUCAUGACGAGUGCGUGAAAGAGGUCGUUGUCCACCCAAUGAAACCAAGGAGUACAGCAACAAACACAACUCGUGAUUCGGUGAAGAAACGAGCACGCUCCAGUCUUUUAGAAGACUUCUAUUGCGUGAGUUGCAGCAAAGAUGGACGAGCGGCGGCGUGGGUGUUCAACGCUACAGCAUCGAAAUUUCAACUUCUCAGCUCUGUGAAGGCCCACACGGAUGCAAUAGAGUCCAUUGACAUUUCCCCGGGGGCGGGAAAGUAUGUGGCUACCGCCUCAUGGGAUUGUACGGUAAAGGUGUUCGAAUGGUCACAAGUGGUGGACGGAGCCACAGAACCCUCGGCGAAGGAGCCACUUGUCUCAUUCACAGAUCACACGCGGCCGGCCCUUUCGUGCCGCUUCUCUGCGGCUAAGGGUGCUGCCCUCCUGUACUCCUCCGGUCUUGACGGUACACUUAAGUGCAUGGACGUGGAGACUGCGGUGCUUCAGAAACAGUACAUAGGGGACCACCCGGUGCAGGGGCUCGCCGUAAGGACUGUAGGAGGUGGUGGUGGUGGUGAUUUGAUCAUCGCUGCAUGUACAGACAACCGAGCGCGAUUGUACGACACCCGCGUUGGUGAAAGCACGGGCAGCGUGAAAGUGUUUAGCGGGCACAAGCAGUGGUUAUACGCGGCCUCGUGGCUGUGGCGCCCUGACGAAGGCGAAGUUAACGGAGGGAAUUUUUUCGCCACCGCCAGCGAAGACAGCACUGUCCGACUGUGGGACCUCCGCUGUGGCACGAACGCAUUGUUGACUCUUGAUACGUCACAUACGGAUGGCGUACUCGAUGUGACCUACUCAGGUAAUGGGGAGAUUGUGUCAUGCGGUAAAGAUAACAGCACAAAAUCAUUUCAGUGUUUCAAAGGGGACUCUCUUCUUAAUUAA